AUGCCAAUGAAGUUUGUUUGGAAAAAAGAUAUCAGAAAAUGGAGUCCAAGGAAAAGAGGAUUUACAAUUGGCCGUAUUUUCUAUGUUCCACCUGGGACGGGAGAAAUUUACUAUCUUAGAUGUCUACUAAACAAAGUCCGUGGACCAACAUCGUAUUUAGAUAUCAAGAUAGUUGAUGGUGUGCAGCACGAAAGCUUUAGAGAUGCCUAUUAUGCUAGAGGUUUAGUAGAGGAUGACAAAGAAAAUGUGGACGCAAUACAAGAAGCGAGUCAAUGGGCUACUGCCACUUCUUUGAGGAGGCUGUUUGUAACGCUAUUAAUGUCGAACGCAAUUGUCAGACCAGAGGUUGUUUGGGAGAUUGUAUGGCAAUAUUUGGCAGAGGAUGCACAAUUCAAUCUUCGACAGAACUUACAAAAAGCAGGUAAGACCUUUCUAUGGAGAGCAUUGUCCUCCGCUUUAAGGUCCAAUGGGGAGAUCGUUCUCAAUGUUGCAUCUAGCGCGAUAGCAUCACUUUUGUUGCCCGGAGGACGGACUGCGCAUUCUAGGUUAGCAAUACCUAUUUCUAUUAACGAAGACUCUACUUGCAACAUUGCGCCAAGUAGUCCUUUGCCAGAGCUGAUUGUUCAAUGCAAGUUGAUUAUAUGGGACGAAGCUCCAAUGAUGCACAAAUAUCGUUUUGAGGCUCUUGAUCGGACAAUGAGAGAUCUACUAAGAUUGAAGAAUCCGAAUAGUAGUGACAUGACUUUUGGAGGUAAAACAGUGGUGUUAGGUGGUGAUUUUAGGCAGAUAUUACCAGUAAUUCCUAAGGGGACCAGACAUGAUAUUGUUGGGGCAAGUAUUAAUUCUUCAUAUUUGUGGCAAAGUUGUAAAGUGUUUAGGCUCACAAAAAAUCUCCGUCUUAGAGCAAUCCAAUCUAAGGAUGAAGUUGAAGAGAUUGAAAAGUUCACAAAGUGGAUUGCGAAUAUUGGAGAUGGGGUAAUUAGUGAUUCAACUGACGGUGAGGAUGAUAUCUCUAUUCCUGAGGAAUUCUUAUUGCAAUCGACAACUGAUCCUAUUGCUACAAUUGUUGACAGCACUUUCCCUAUGUUUCGCAGUGGUCGUAGUAAUCUUGACUAUCUUCAAAAUCGUGCUAUAUUAGCCCCAACUGUUGAUUUGGUAGAUAACAUCAACGAGUAUAUGAAUGAGAUGAGUAAUGCAGAGGGUAGGACGUAUUUGAGUUGUGAUUCAGCCUGA